AUGAGCAGCACUUCCGACACCCCGAAGCUUGGGAUUAAGGAGAGAGGGGGUUCACAACUGCAUCCAAGCGAAGGAUCUGGGUUGGGUGACACAUUUGAGACCUCAAAAAUCAAGGGCCCCGGGUUGGAAUCGGUUUAUCUUUCUGCGCUCCCUGUCAAGACGCCUGUCAAGACACCCCCAAAGACCAAGAGAGGAAGCCCGAAAGAUUCGCCUAAAUCCCUAUCAAGUGAGGAAACUCAGACAAGCACAGCAACAGACGCCACCACCGCUUGCAGUUUAGGCUCAGUCGCAGAGCUACCCACGUUUGCCCACGACGACGAAUACAAUCAAGACGGGCUCCCUGGAAAUAUCAAGACCACGUACUACGUGAAAGAAGCAGAUCUCGUGAAAGAUCUUGAGAAAUUUGGGUUGUUGGACGACUACAAGUAUAUUGCUCUCACAGAAGUGCACUGUGGACGUGCGUACCGUUUAGAAAUGCCUACUGAUUUUCAUGAGCAAACAUGUCGAGGGCUGGGAGCUCAGAUCUCGACUAAAUGUGGUUCUGGCCUGCUUUGGAUGACGAAUUCCCAAAUCCACUUCUCAGAUGGUUCUACAAGAUUCCCUGAUUUGGCUAUCUUUGGGGAAACAAGGGUGGAUGUUGAUAAAACAACAGGAUUGAAGGAUCCCAAGCGAGAGGAGUGCAAAGAGCUUGGGUGUAAUUCAUAUGUAAAUCCCCAUGUAUUGAUCGAGUUUAGCUGGACACACGAAAUGAAGGUGGAGGUCCCGAAGUUCGUCAAGCAAAUGGAAGAGCAUCCACAAGAACUUGGACGAAUCAAUGUUGGCUUUCUCAUCAAGACCAUCCCUACCAACAGCAGCAAGGAUUAUCCCAAAUUUGGCGACCUAUCCAACCCUAUUUGCGGGUUUGAUGUCUACGAGUUUCGUGGUGAGAGAUGUGAAAUUGUGAAUGGCGAGCCCACUUCCAAGUACCGUGUGGGUGUCAACGAGGAAACGUACUUUGAAAUCAGGGACGAGGAUCUGGGUCGUAACGGGGAGAAGUCGUAUAGAUUCCCUCUCGGAUACAUUCGAGAGAGGCUUGAAUCAUUGGAGGUGAAGUUUGAAGAGAAGCAGAAAAAGUGA